AAAAAUUGCUUUCCUGAUCAACAAGGUAAGUGCAUAAAGUCAAAUUUAAAAAAAAAAUGAAGAAAAAAAAAUGGCUGGUGAUCUGGCUCUCCCACUGAUUGAUCUCGUCUCUACCGAUCUCGACUCCAUUGCCAAAUCCAUUCGCAAGGCAUGCGUGGAUCAUGGUUUCUUCUACCUCAUCAAUCACGGAAUCGAGGAGUCGUUUUUCCAGCAAGUGCUCGAGGAGAGCAAGAAGUUCUUCUCGUUGCCGCUCGACCAGAAGACAAAGCUCAAAACUAGGAAGGAUAACUGGGGUUACAAUCCACUGCCUUCUUUAACCCUAAAUUCUUCAUCCGAAGUUCAAGGGAGGCUACAUGAGGAUUUUUUCAUCAGUUCCUCCAAAAUCAGCUGUUCACAGUUCAAUGCGAAUCAAUGGCCUCCAGAAGAACUUUUGCCAUGUUGGAAAGCCAUGAUGGAGUCUUAUUAUGAAAAAAUGCUGGCUGUGAGCAAAAAAUUAAUCUCCUUGAUGGCAUUGUCUUUGGGUCUUGAUGACCUUUUCUUUGAGAAAAUUGGAGCACUGCAUGAACCCUUGGCAUAUGUUCGAGUUUUGCAUUAUCCAGGUAAAUCUUUUGAAGGGAGUUGUGGGAGUUUAGGUGCGUCUGCCCAUUCAGACUUUGGAAUGGUUACACUUCUGUUAAGUGAUGGGGUCCGUGGUCUUCAGAUUUGCAGAGAUAAGGACAGGUGCCCUCAGCUAUGGGAAGAUGUACCUCAUGUUCAUGGGGCUUUGAUUGUUAAUGUUGGGGACACGUCAGAGAGGUGGACUAAUUGCUUAUUCCGAUCAACAUUGCACAGAGUCUUGAUAACUGAACAAGAGCGCUACUCUGUUGCCUUCUUCCUAGAUGGAGACCCUGCUUGCAUGAUUGAGUGUUUGGAGAGUUGUUGCAGCAAGGAAAAUCCUCCAAGGUUUCCGACCAUACGAUGUGCUGACUAUCUGCUAGGCCAUAUAUCUGCCGAGUUAGAUAACCUAGGACUAAAAUAAGAAAGAACAGAACGGAACAUGGGUCGCGUUUGUCUUUCACCAGUUCUGUAUCUCCUUUCAUGUAUUGUGGCAACUGCGUUUUUUGGCACAGAAAUUGAGCCUGGAAUAAAUUGUGUGUGCUCAUGAUAAGGUGUUUGUUUGUCACCUUAUGAAACUUAAAUCUUCACCUAUUUUCUA